AUGGAGCGCUACGAGAAGCUGGGCAAGGUCGGGGAGGGCUCCUACGGAGUCGUCUUCAAGUGCCGCAACAAGGACACGGGUCAGAUUGUGGCCAUCAAGAGGUUCCUGGAGUCCGAGGAGGAUCCGGUGAUCCGGAAGAUCGCCCUGAGGGAGAUCCGUAUGCUCAAGCAACUCAAGCACCCCAACCUGGUGAACCUGCUGGAGGUGUUCAGGAGGAAGCGGCGGCUGCACUUGGUGUUGGAAUACUGCGAGCACACGGUGCUGCACGAGCUGGACAAGCAUCCCCGCGGGGUGCCAGAGUACCUGGUGAAGAGCAUAACCUGGCAGACCCUGCAGGCUGUAAACUUCUGCCACAAACACAAUUGCAUCCACCGGGAUGUAAAGCCAGAGAACAUCCUGAUAACAAAGCACUCGGUCAUCAAACUCUGCGAUUUUGGAUUUGCUCGAAUCCUGACCGGUCCCAGUGACUACUACACCGACUACGUGGCCACCAGGUGGUACCGCUCCCCGGAGCUGCUGGUGGGGGACACCCAGUACGGCCCGCCCGUGGACGUGUGGGCCAUCGGCUGCGUGUUCGCCGAGCUGCUCUCGGGGGUGCCCCUGUGGCCCGGCAAGUCGGACGUGGACCAGCUGUACCUGAUCCGCAGAACCCUGGGGGAUCUCAUUCCCAGGCACCAGCAAGUCUUCAGCACCAACCAAUUCUUCAGUGGGGUAAGAAUUCCAGACCCAGAGAGCAUGGAACCACUGGAAAUGAAAUUCCCCAGUAUUUCAUACUCUGCACUGACUCUCAUGAAGGGCUGCCUUCGGAUGGACCCUGCGGAGAGGCAGAGCUGUGAGCAGCUGCUGCAGCACCCCUAUUUUGAGAGCUUUAGGGAGGCAGCAGAGCUGGGCAAAGAACAUGAAAAGAGCCCUCGGAAGCCAGCCAGGCUGACUCGGAAGCACAUGCCAGGGGUACAGCACCUGCCUCAGCUGACCUGCAGCAAAGUUCUCCCAGCUUUGGACAGCAAGAAGAACUGCUGCAAGACAAGGAAAUCAAAGUACCACUUCCCAAACAUCUGA